AUGGUUGAAAGGACAUCGCUGACAUUUGAAGCUUUCCAGGCAGUUACCUGCAACUUCGGAGACGCCCUCGACAGCAGUUUGCGGGACCAGAUUGAUGAGGCCUUGCAACGACGUCUGCUGAGCGAAGCCGAGCUUACGUUGGCUCAAGCGGAGAAGCUGGCAAUAGCAGCGGAAUGUGCGAGGAGCAAUGCCAUGGAGAUUAGGACUACGCCUAAGGACGUCAGCCAAAUCCACAGCGUGGCUAAUGAUGGACCUGGACCGUCACCGCCUGCACAACAUCAUGCGAAGCCUGAAACCAAGCAAGCGACUUCCGUGUGCUAUCGAUGCAACGGGGCACACUCUCCGCAGGAUUGCCACUUCAAGAACGCCACAUGCCUGUUCUGUGGCCGCAAAGGGCAUAUUGUCAAAGCCUGUCUUCAAAAGAAGGCUAAGAAAAGUCCUCCAAGAGGAUGCAUCAUUUGGGGAAACCGGCUUGUUAUUCCCAAAGUGGCGCAAUCCACUGUACUCGACGUAUUACACACAGCUCAUCCAGGCAUUGUAAGGAUGAAGGCACUAGCGAGGAGUACAGUCUGGUGGCCUGGCAUCGACCAUGACAUUGAAGAAAAGGCUGCAAGUUGCUCCGCAUGCCAGGAACACAGACCAUCGAUGCCACGGGCACCAGUGCAUCCCUGGGAGACGACGCAACAUCCCUGGUCACGUCUACACAUUGACUUUGCGGGACCUUUCAAGGGAAAGAUCUUUCUGAUCGUGGUCGACUCAUUCUCGAAAUGGCUCGAUGUAUUUAUUAUGAAAUCUAUGUCUUCCUCAGCCGUCGUACAGAAACUGAGGAUGUUGUUUGCCGUACACGGAGUGCCAGACGUGAUUGUCAGUUAUAAUGGCACAGCCUUCGUUUCGGCCGAAUUUAGGGAAUUUACAAGCCGCAACCAGAUUCGACACGUGGCAGUGGCACCUUACCACCCUUCAUCGAAUGGCCAGGCCGAACGAAUGGUGAGAGAAACGAAGGAGAUACACGAGGACAAGUUUCUCCAGGAAGGGAAGUAG